CAGGGCAAUCGCGUUCAUAAGUAUUAACUUGCUAAUUGAAGUCGCUAGUGUUGUAAAGACUAGCCAUAUUAUUUCAUGUUAGUGCAACUAGAGAUAUAACGCCUAGCUGGUCGUAUGCAUCAUGGCUGAUCGUAUACGCGUCAUAUUCAGUCACCUCACGGCCAGACCUGAACUGCGUGAUGGUGCCAACACCACCAAAACUAAGUACUUCUACACGCUCGACAACCCUCGACUGAGCGACGAGCAGCGCUCGUUCUACGAGCACAACGGCUUCUUGCUCGUCAAGGACCUCGUACCCCAUGACCUCAUCGACGGGUGGCGGGACCGGUUCCUGGAGAUCGUGGAGGGCGACACCGGUUCGUCGGGGAUGAUCACGAAGAUGAAGGACAUUUCGAUGCGUGGCGUCGCUGGCGUGUCAGGCGAGAGAAGUGUUAAUAAAAUUCAGGACUUCGUGUGGGACCCGAAACUGUGCACCCACUGCACCCUGCCUCAGAUCUUGGAUUACGUGGAAUGUUUCACCGGGGGUAACAUCAUGGCUAUGCAUACCAUGCUCAUCAACAAGCCCCCCGACGCGGGGACUCUGACAUCCCGACACCCCAUGCACCAGGACCUACAUUACUUCCCCUUCAGGCCAGCUGAGCGGAUCGUGUGCGCGUGGACGGCGAUGGAGCGCGUGGACGAGAGCAACGGAUGCCUCUUCGUGGUGCCCGGCACUCAUACGCUGAGCCUGCUGCAGCACGACUACCCUGAGUGGCAGGACGGUGUGAACAAAAUGUAUCACGGCGUGAGAGGUUAUGAUGAUCACCCUCGCACCUUCCUCCCCAUGGAGAAGGGUGAUACUGUGUUCUUCCACCCCAUUCUGCUCCAUGGUUCAGGCUCCAACACCACACAGGUGGGACUUGAUGAGGGCCUUGUGAGACUUGAUGAGGGCCUUGUGAGACUUGAUGAGGGCCUUGACUUCAAGGUGGGACUUGAUGAGGGCCUUGUGAGACUUGAUGAGGGCCUUGACUUCAAGGUGGGACUUGAUGAGGGCCUUGAAAUCUGGAAGUUCCGGAGCCGAAACGUGCGUGGGCAGCCCGUGAACUUGUAG